AGUUGCAACCGUACGCUAUGAAAAGUUUGACUCUGUCCAGAAAAGGAAAGAAAAUAAAGGGGAAAAAAAAACAGGCUCUUCGAUUGUAUGCGCAUGUUGAAUUCCCAUGCGCUCACGCGGCGCACGUUAGCACUAAAAAAACAAACUUCUCUUUGUCUUCUCCGUUUGUGAUUUCCCCGCGAGACCAGAAACACACAAAUUCCAUUUCCAUUCUCCAAACUUCCAUUACUUCCACCGAUCACUCCAAAUAUGGCUCCAGCCACCAUCAUGGCGGGGGCUCGGCGUCUUGUCAGCUCCCGCCGCCGAACCGAGGCACCUCGACGGCGUCCGUCUCCUUCCACGCCGCCGAAGAAGCUGAGACCAAUGUCUGAGAUAAUGGCGCGUGCGAAAUACGCUGUGGUGGAGCGAGCUGACUACAGCGACAUCAUCUGCGAACAAUGUGGCUCCGGUGAACGUCCCGGAGAGCUUCUCCUUUGUGAUAAAUGCGAUAAAGGCUUCCACAUGAGAUGCCUUAGACCAAUCGUGGUUCGUAUUCCUAUUGGAUCCUGGCUUUGCCCCAAAUGCUCUGGCCAUAGGCGAGUAAGAACUUUUUCGCAGAAAAGGAUAAUUGAUUUCUUCAAGAUUCAGAAGAGUGGUGAUGGGAAAAAGAAAUGCAAUUUGAAUCAAGAUACUAGAAAGCGUCGCCGGCGUCCUUUGGUGUUGCUAAAGAAAAGAAGGAGACUGUUGCCCUUUAUACCAUCUGAAGAUCCUAACCAACGUUUGAAACAAAUGGGCACCCUUGCUUCUGCUUUAACAGCAAUGCAGAUGGAAUUCAGUGAUGAUCUAACCUACUCUUCUGACAUGGCCCCUAGAUCUGCCAAUCAGGCCAAGUUUGAAAAUGGUGGCAUGCAGGUUCUUUCGAGGGAAGAUAUGGAGACCUUGGAACUCUGCAGAUCUAUGAGUAGGAGAGGCGAAUGUCCUCCCUUUAUAGUAGUUUUUGAUUCAUGUGAAGGUUAUACGGUAGAAGCAGAUGCACAGAUAAAGGACAUGACUUUCAUUGCAGAAUACACAGGGGAUGUCGAUUACAUUAAGAACCGUGAAAAUGAUGACUGUGAUAGCAUGAUGACCCUUCUUUUAGCAACAAACCCAUCUGAAAGUCUUGUAAUCUGCCCUGAUAAACGUGGAAACAUUGCUCGCUUUAUCAAUGGCAUUAAUAAUCAUACACCGGAAGGUAAGAAGAAGCAGAACUGUAAAUGUGUGAGGUACAGUGUAAAUGGUGAAUGUCGGGUCCUUCUGGUUGCCACACGUGAUAUUGCUAAGGGAGAGAGGCUUUAUUAUGAUUAUAAUGGGUAUGAGCAUGAAUACCCUACUCACCAUUUUGUCUGACUAUCCUACAGAGUACUGAAGUUACUAACAACCCUCUACCAAGCUGGAAUGCAAUUUUGGAUCCUCAUACAUCUUCACCCAUUUUUCCUUUUCGUUUCACGGCAUAUUCAUCGUUGGCACAGAGUAGAAGAAAUUUCUUCUAAUUUAUGCAUUGCAUUGGCCAUUUUUCCAUUGUCAUUUAUGAUGUAAAACUGGUCCAUUUUGCAGCCAUUAGCGAAAGACAUGCCAUAAAUAUUUUUUCUUGGGAAUAUGAAGAAAUUUAUUUAAGAAA